UCGAAGGGGGUAGUAUCACGUAACGAUCCCCAGAAAUCCCACACAGAUAUUCCAUUACGCAACCGCCUUAUGUCUUCACGCUUUUUUUCUCUACCCUAAAACGAUUCUUUCACUAAUGCGCCGCUGAAUCAACAAAAUCCGAAUUGAAAGAGCAAUCAAUAACCUGACUACUGUACAUUCUGGUCUAAUUUGUGAUCUGGUGGUGUUUAGCUGUGAAUCGUAUUGUGGGGUUUGCAUGAUGGGCGAUAGCAGUGGUGGUAGAACGGUGAGGAUUGAAUCGAACACAGAAAGCGAUGACUGGAGGGCAGGAAUGACGACCGAUAUGAGAAUGGAAGCCGUGAAUAGGCUUUAUGGAAUGUUGAAGACAAAGGUGCCAGUUUCUAAUACAGACACUUUAAAUGAUAUUGCUAGAGUUGCUUUAGGAUGUGAAGAGAAACUCUUUCAAAAAGCGGCUAAGAAGGAAAACUAUAUCAUGGGAUUAAAAAGAAAGAUUGACGUAAUAGAGAGAUCAAAUUAUGCUGAUGUUCGAGCAUCUUCCUCCACUUCAGGUUUAACUCAAAAUUCUGAGCUGCAUGGUGCUGAGAUUAGCUGUAGUUUGCACAAUGCAUUCCAACUUUCACAUGACUUCUUUGGAAAGUUGGAUGGACAAGAGGACACACAACUCAAUGUUUCUGUCACCCAAAUGGACACUCCAAGAAUUCUGCCUUCGCAACAAGUGGCUUACCAGCAAUGCCAGCAACAGCAGUUACAGCAUCAGUUUUUGAAACACAACGCCCAGCAACAAACUAGUUGUCCUGCUCAUGUCCAUCACAAUAUCAACAAAUUUCAUGUCCAUCAACAACAGCAACACAUUGUCCCCCAGCCAAGUCAGAUGCAGUACUCUGAGCAAAUGAUAUUACCAACACCACUACAUGGACAGGCAUCUGGUCAGCAAUCAAAUGCUAUACUAUUUCAGCAGAAGCAACAAUUCAACCAGCAAAACAAUCUUUCAUUGCUGCAGAACUCAGUGUUUCAGACAAAUGGUGAAUAUUUUUCUGGAGUCCAGAAUCUGCGAAAUAUGGUUGGACCACAAUCAAAGGCCUUGAACUUGCAAUUGCUUCAGCAUUCAUCCCAAAUUCUUCAGCAUACAGAAGUUACAGGUUUACAGCCAAAAUUCCAGCAACCCAUGCAAGGAGUUAAGUUGGAACAGGUUCUGGGUUCUCAAAAGCAAAGUUUUCCAUCACAUGUAAGUAUGCAGCAAAAACUGCAAACAUCUGCUGCCCUGCAUCAGCCUCAAAAUGUUUUUGAUCAGCAGAAGCUGUUUCAGUCGAGAGUUUUCCCUGGGGUUUCAUCUGCAUCUUUGGAGUCAAUGGCAGCCAGUGAACCAGCAAAGGAUGCAGAUUACAUUGAACAGGCCUAUCAGAAGAUUCAGUCCUUGAAGAAGCAGUACCAGCACCAUUUGGAAUAUUUACAUGAAAAGUGCAAGUGUGCUUCCCAAAAGGAAAUGAGGGUGGAUGUAUCCGAUAAGUAUAAGAAAACUAUGUUCAAAUUGGAGAAAAUUUUUAAAUUCUUCUCAAUGUCCCGAGUUGAUAUUAUUCGACAUCCUCGGAUAGUGGUUGAUCGCUUUUAUCACGAUAUCAAGCUUUACCUUGCUCGUUCGGUCAGUAAUUCUGCUUCCAACCAGCACCAUGUGCAAGUUACGCAGCCAACUGGUGGUCAAACUCCAACAUCUCAUCUGCAGCGUGAUAGGGACCUGAAACUUCAGUUCAAUACAGCAAACUCAGCCUUGAGAAGCACUGUAAUUGGUUCAUCUUCUCUAUCAGCAACACUGUUGGAGAAUCAAAAUUUGCAUUCAAACAUCUUCAAUUCAAUUCCUUAUGAUUCUCAAGUGGAAAUUGAACAAAGGAAUGCAACAAGUAUGCUGCAGCAUGAGUUACACCAAAAUACCUCAGGUGCAUCAGCAGAGUCUAACAUUUCUCGUAAUAGCAGAGUGAAUGCAUUUGAUUCUGCUGCAAAAAAUCCAGCAGAACAACCACAACACCUCGAAAGGCUUGUUCGGCCACAAUGUUUCCAGCAGAAGAAGCAACAAGUGCUGAUGCAGAAUAACCAUUUGGGUAUUGGCACAGGAAUGGCUAAUCCCUUGGCCAGUAAACCUUCAAACAGUUCCGACCAAAUGCUCCUUCUAAGAACACCUACUCAACUGCAUGCCUCCUCUCUUCCAAUGUUUCAGCAUUCCCGUACUCCUUCUGACCUGAAAAAUUUGUCUCUUCUUUCAAAAGCUAGGUUGACAUUGCAAUCUGCAACUCCAUUAGCAAUACCUUCUCAUUCUUCCCCACUUAAUUCAUCUUCUACAUCUGUAGCCCAUGCAAAGGAUCCAUCUGGUGUUUCUCCACUAUCAAUUAGUGAAUUUAAUGCACAUUCCCAGACAUCAGAUUCAUUAGCUCAAGACAUGAUACAUAACCAAGUUGACAAUCAGUCCCUUAGCAUUGGUAUAUCAGACAUGUCAGCGUCCCCGUUGCCAACAGAUAUUACUGGCCCUGAUGGACAGCAGCAACCACGAGAUACAAAUCAGCCAAUCGAACGAUUAAUCAAAGCGGUAGAAUCGAUGUCAACAGAAACAUUGUGCUCUGCUGUCCAUGACAUCGAAUCAGUCGUCAAUGUGGUUGAUAUGAUAGCCGAAACACCUUGUGGUAGUGACACGGCAGGUGCUGUUGUUGAUGAUUCAGUGUACCCAACAAGGUGCAACACAUGGGUGGGGAACAGUUCACACAGAGAAUGCUCAUUUUCCAAGAAGAUUAAGCGCAAAAUAAGUGUAUCAGCUUGGGAUACCAUGUCUUCUUUCCUUAGUGAAAUUGAUGGCAUCAAUCAGCAAAGUGAUCUGGUACAUGACUCGGAUUCAACUGCAGUAUUGAAGCCAAAGAGACAAAGGAUAGAGCCAAGACAUGCAUUGUUGGAUGAGAUCAGAUCCAUUAACCAACGGUUAAUUGAAACGGUAAUAGACUUGGAUUCAACCGAAGCUGGUGAAGGCACCAUCGUGAGGUGCUCUUACAACCCUGUGGCUCUCAGUGGAUAUGUUAAACCUCACAUCUCAUCACAGUGGUCAAUGCUUCCCUUGCUUUUGUUCAUUCCUGCGAGUUAUCCAAAUUCUUCUCCAGAAAUCUUUGACGGGUUGAGUACUGUCGGUGAGAGUGGCCAUGGUAAGGAGGCUGUAGAUGAUAGUGAGUGCAAUGACGAAGAUCUAUCAAUGAAAGCAAAGAAGAGGUUCAGCAUGUCCCUGCGCAAACUCUCGGCGCCCAUGUCUCUUGAAGACAUGGCAAUGACUUGGGAUAAAUGUGCUCGUGCUGUGUUAUCUGAGUAUGUGCAGCAUUUUGGAGGAAGUUGCUUCAGUUCAAUAUACGGAUCGUGGGAAGAUUGCAUAACUGCUGCAUGAUAGAGAGAGAGAUCUCAAAAGCUUUUAAACCGGUACGCAAAGCUCUGCAAUCACAACCUUUAUUGGUGUACUGAAUUGCAAUUGCUAACCGCCACCAACUAACUUAAUUGAUUCAAACUUUUAUAACUU